AUGGAGGGCGUGGUCGCGGGGGCAGCUGUUGAAUUCAAGGUCAAGGAGAAAGCCGUUUUGGCUUACCUUCUCACCAUACCCGAGGCUGCCUUCCAAUCUGAUCACGUGAGAGUUUUGGACAGUUCUGGUGUUGAGGACUUGCAGUUGGAGUACGACGAGGCCUGCGAUGAGGUCAUCGACUUGCUCGCGGAGUUGCGUGCCACAACGCUGGAGGUGCAGCAACUAUCCUUGCGGCUAAAGGCCUGCCGGCGCACCAAGACGCCUUUUUCUACGCUUCCUGCAGCCGAGGAGCCCAAAGGGGCCCGAGACCUUCGCCAGCUCUUCGAGUGGCUGGCAGAGACGGUGGACCUGAGCCAUCCCCCCGAAACCUUGGAUGUGGGCUUCGAGGUGCCAAUCGGCGGCCGGUCAGUUCACCUGCACCGAGUCGUACAGUGGCCUUUAGCCACCCGGAUCGCCCCAGGAGGCUUGAAGCUCACGGCCCCGAUCCAGCAUCAAGAGGCACUCGGGCAGCUCUUGGCAUCAACUCGAGCUGUCGGGAAGGUUGACUCGGAUGCCCUGAUGCACUUCUUGGCUGGCUGGGAUCUCAUCGCCGGUGAGCUGACGACAGCCGCGCAUCCAGUGCCAGAGCCGUCGGUUCUGCUCGCGCACAGGACCUCCACGCAGGGGAUCCUCGUGGCGACCUGGCCAAGCAAAGAGGCCCUGCAGGUGGUCUAUGCAGCGCCCGUCGUCCCACAGCCAGGAGAGCGAGUAGAGGUCGAGUACGAAGGGCAAUGCUACGUCGGAAUCUUGUAUGGCGUGGACAACGGCAUGGCAAGCGUGAGGUGCGAUGCGGAUCCGCCCGGCGUGAUGACUGUGGCACCGUUGUCACAUGUUCGACGGCUUGACGGGGACUUGAUGCAGGAGGACUGGGCAUGUAGACAAGUGUUGCUUCAUGGGCAGCAUAUGCACGCGACCUGCACAUGCAUCAAAGACAUCUCGGUGAACACCCAAACGAAGGGCUUGACACUUCUUUGCGUUGUCAUGCCAACAGAUACAACCACCAAACGCAAAGAAAAACCGGAAGACUGGGGUUUCCGAAACAACAACGACAGUCAAGUCACAGCUGUCGUUGCCUACGCUACAUAA